AUGGUCGCCAACGACUGCACCGUCGCAUUCACUAGCAACCCAGACAUCAGCGGCGUCGGGGUUCGCAUCAGUUUCUAUCUGCAAACCUUUCUUUUGGUUAUCCUCGUCGAUCGCUCUUGGGAAGAUGCACCAAGUGCGCUGUACACCCUCAUCGCCACUAGUGGAGGCCUGCAGGUUGCUGCUCUGGUUCAGGCCAAGGUCGGCAAGUUGUCCCUGCUCCAGGCGUUGCAGGUAUCAAACCUUGUCUGGCUGGCGAACUUUGGCACCUUUGUAGCUCUUGCUAGCUACUCGCGGCAGAAGGCCAAGAGCAACAAACGCGAUCCCGACGCAGCAAAGAGACGGGGGAAAUUCCUGGAUUACCACGUCAAAUAUGUUGCGAUGUUGCAAACAUUGAUGUCCAUGGCCCUAACUCUCUACAUGUGGCUUACGGCGAAGACAUUCGGCCCAGACGCACAAUGCUCUGGCCUCCUGCGAUAUGUGUUCUUCGUCAUCCGAGCUCCCGCCCUCGGUUCUGGCCGGUUGGCGGGGAUCACAAUAUCUGUCCUCCUCGCAGCAGUCUAUAUCUGCGUUACUGCCCAUGAACUUCAUUCGUCGUAUCUGAAACGAAACCAAAGAAGACAGCGAGGGAAUAGUCCGGCAGUCCGAAACUCUACUACGGCUUCCGUUGUAUACCACCUACCCACCGUCGCCCGCCCGACACAUUUACGAGCUGCUUUCAACUCAUCGACUGACCGACUCCCUCAAGACACUCGUACCAGUAGCCCGGAGUCCAUCAAGCGAGCCACACGCCGCCGUUCCAAGAAGCGCCGCUGGUCUUCAGACCUUGAUCCCAUGUUUGUUGGUAUCAUGAUCUUCUAUGCGACGGUGUUAGUGUAUUCCGUCGUCUCAACCGAGUUGAUGGUGGCCUUCAACCCAUCGGACGACGAUGUUAUCAAGGAAUGGGGAUUCGGACAGAUCCUUGCGAUCAUUGUCGUUAUCCCUUCAGCCAUCUCUGUUGCCAACGCUCUGGCCGAGCAUGGCUUCAGGCGACUAUCCAAGCCAAAGCGAGCUUGUGGACCCGAGGCUCAAGUCACGACCUAA